GUUUUGUUCAAUGCUCGCCGCUCUCUCUUGCUCACCCCUAAUCAUGGAGGCCUGGUUCAUCAUCCUCGUUUCCCUCUGUCUCACCUUUCUCAUCAAAGCUUUCUUCAACCUUCUCCGUCCUUCUCACUCAUCCCCUCCUCUUCCUCCCGGCCCUCUCCGUGUUCCCAUCAUCGGCAGUCCCAUUUGGCUUCGCAAUCCAAUCACUGAACUUGUUCCAAUUCUUCGACGUCUUCAUGCCAAGUAUGGUCCCAUCGUCACUCUCCCCAUCGGCUCUCGUCCUGCAAUUUUCGUCGCCGAUCGAUCCCUCGCCCACCAAGCCCUCAUUCAAAACGGGGCCGUCUUCUCUACACGUCCUGCCGCCGCCGCGACCACUAAGAUCACCAGCAGUAAUCAGCAUAUCAUCAGCUUCGGUUUGUACGGUCCCACAUGGAGGGUCCUCCGUCGUAACCUCGCUUCCGAGAUGCUCCACCCGACCCGGAUAAGGUCCUUUUCGGGCGCCCGUAAAUGGGUGCUGGACGUGCUUCUCAAUCGCCUCAAGUCUGACUCAGAAUCAAGCGGUUCCGUUAAGGUGAUUCACCAUCUCCAUUAUGCUAUGUUCUGUUUGCUGGUUUCCAUGUGCUUCGGCGAGAGGCUAGACGACAAGCAAAUUAAGGAUAUCGAAUAUGUUCAGCGUCGUUCACUUUUGAGUUUCAGCAAAUUCGCCGUGUUAAAUUUCUGGCCAAGAGUCACUCGAAUUUUGUUCCGCAAGAAGUGGAAGGAGUUUCUGCAAAUUCGGAAGGAAAAGGAAGACGUGUUGCUUCCACUAAUUAGAUCAAGGAAGAAAGCCAGGGAAGAAAGGCUGAGCAAAGCCAAAGAAGACAAGAAUCAAGAUGAGGAAGCUAUAUUUUCAUAUGUGGAUACUCUGUUGGAUUUACAGUUGCCGGAGGAGAAACGCCACCUCAACGACGGCGAACUCGUUUCACUAUGCUCAGAGUUUCUGGACGGAGGAACAGACACAACAGCCACUGGUUUACAAUGGAUUCUGGCAAACUUGGUGAAGUAUCCACAUAUUCAAGAAAGAGUGUUCCGGGAAAUAAGAGAUGUGAUUGGUGACAGAGAUGACAAAGAAGUUAGAGAAGAAGAUUUGAACAGAUUGCCAUAUCUGAAAGCUCUGAUUUUAGAAGGACUGAGACGUCAUCCACCCGGGCAUAUUUUGUUGCCACAUGCAGUUUCAGAAGAUACUGUUUUGAAUAAUUACUUGGUGCCUAAGAAUGGAACUAUAAACUUCAUGGUGGCAGAGAUAGGAAGAGACCCAGAGGUGUGGGAGGAUCCAAUGGAGUUCAAGCCAGAGAGGUUCUUGAAAAAUGGAGGGGACGAAGAAGCAUUUGAUAUUACAGGGAGCAAAGAGAUAAAGAUGAUGCCAUUUGGAGUAGGAAGAAGAAUGUGUCCAGGAUAUCACUUGGCAAUGCUUCAUUUAGAGUAUUUCAUAGCCAAUUUGGUUUGGAACUUCGAGUGGAAGGCUUCAAAUGGGGAUGUUGAUCUGUCAGAGAAACGAGAAUUCACUGUGGUCAUGAAAAACCCAUUAGAGGCUCAUAUAUCUGCCAGGAUCUAGACCUGUUAGAUUAUUUAAUUUCAUUGGUAAUCUUAUAGAAUUUAAUUUGCUUUUGAAGAAGUACUUGCUAGUGUCACUUUGGUAUGUCUUAUCUUUAAUCAACUAGUGCAAAUAAGAGUUUUUUCUUUAGGAUAACUAGAUUGCUGCUUCCAGCUUCUGAGGACUCAAUGCAGGGCUUUGAUAGUUUAUUAAUUUAUCUUAUUACUCCCUCUGUUCCCAGUCAA